CUUGCAUUGUAAUGUUUCACAAAGAGUUCAGAAGCUCCAGACCGCCUGACACCAUCAUUUCAUGGAUGCUCUCAAAGGCUAAGCGCAGUGAAACUUUAUCCUCUUCUCCACCAACUUUCCAAGUUUUCUCGAGGCGAUUCAUGCAUGUUUUAGAGUGAUUUCAUGGGUGGGGAUCUUAUUUUGUAGUUUUUAGAGUAUUUCUUGGUGCAAAUCCUGCCUGGUCUUUGAAGAUGCAGCUCCGCACGGUGCUUGACGUUAAUGUUGUGGAUGUGCAGAAGAGAAGGAAUCCCUCUAAACACUAUGUGUACCUCAUCAAUGUCACCUAUUCAGACUCCACUUCACAUGUCAUCUACAGGAGGUACAGCAAAUUCUUUGACCUACAGAUGCGAAUCCUGGACAAAUUUCCAAUUGAAGGCGGACAAAAGGACCCCAAAAAGAGGAUUAUUCCUUUUUUACCGGGUAAAGUUUUGUUUCGCCGAAGUCACAUAAGAGAUGUAGCUGUCAGGAGGCUGAAGCACCUGGAUAAUUACUGCAAAGCUCUGUUGAAGCUACCCUCCCACAUUUCCCAAAGCGAGGAGGUCCUGCAGUUCUUUGAGACCAAAUUAGAGGACCUGAACCCUCCCACAGAAGACUGUGGCGGCUCCGGCAAACGUAAAUCAGGUCUGGAUGCUUCGGAUCCCAUGCUCCUGGAACAGUACGUGGUGGUGGCCAAUUAUGAGAAACAAGAGCCUGCAGAAAUCAGCCUCCAAGCGGGCGAGGUGGUCGACGUCAUUGAGAAGAGCGAGAGUGGUUGGUGGUUCGUCAGCACGGCGGAGGAGCAGGGUUGGGUCCCUGCCACCUAUCUCAACUCCCACAGUGGCACACGGGAUGACUUAGAGCUGGGCGCCUCUAAAGCCGGAGAAGUUACUAAGCGACAUAAGGCUCAUCUGAAGAGGCUGGACCGGAGAUGGACGUUGGGGGGCGUCAUCAGCAGGCAGCAGAGCCGAGAGGAGAAGUAUGUAACAGUGCAGUCAUACAUCAGCCAGGGUAAGGAUGAAAUUGCCUUUGAGAAAGGAGUGAUUGUGGAAGUUAUUCAGAAGAAUUUGGAGGGCUGGUGGUUUGUCAGGUACCAGGAUAAAGAGGGCUGGGCUCCAGCCUCUUACCUGAAGAAGGUGAAGGAGGAAUUCUCUCCUCGUAAGAAGCAGAACGCAGCAGGCCCAGUUGAGAUCAUUGGAAACAUCAUGGAGAUCAGCAACCUGCUUAACAAGAAAGCCAUGAGUGAGAAAGAUGUGCAGACUGAAGGUGUCCCAGAGAGCCCCCAGGUGGCCAAGAAAGAAAUCAGCUUGCCAAUCCCUUGUGCUGAGUCCAGCCCUGUCAGUAGUCCACAAGAAGGAAAAAGUAAAGCAGAGCCUGCAUCACCAGCUAUAGCCCGCAUUGCACCUCAUCGGGUGGAAAUUGGUUCCCCAGUUCUCAGGCAAAAACCUCCUCCACGAAGGGAUGCAACCCUGGGAUUCCAGUUGCCCUCUCCACCAGAACCCCCUACAGUAGAAGCAGAGUAUUACACCAUUGCGGAUUUCCAGUCCUGUAUAUCUGAUGGUAUCACUUUCAAUGGAGGACAGAAAGCAGAGGUAAUUGAGAAGAACUCUGGUGGUUGGUGGUAUGUCCAGAUAGGAGAAAAGGAGGGCUGGGCUCCCUGCUCUUACAUCGACAAACGUAAAAAGCCCAACUUGAAUCGCAGAACAAGCACUCUGUGUCGCCCAAAAGUUCCACCCCCUGCUCCACCUGUCAAAAAACAAGACUCAGUGGAAACUGCACCUCCCAGCAGCCCCGGAUCUGAAGCUCCAGAGUCCCCGGUGUCUCCAGGUAGGCCAGUGUAUGAAGAGCCAGAAUAUGAUGUCCCUGCAAUUGGUGAUCUGGAUCUGGAGUCUGAGUUCGAGUUCUUGAGGGGGGAAAGUUCAUUGGUGGAUGCAAAGCAUGAUGACACUUCCUCUGAAAAGGGAUCCCACCUUUCUUCCAAACCUUCUCCGGCGUCAUCACUCCACAGUGCCUCCUUCAAGAUGGGCGAGUCAUUUGAGGAUGGCCAUGAGGCAGAGGGGGUGAUGGAGGGAGAGGAAGAGUGCAUUUAUGAGAAUGAUGGCUUUAGGCCCUUCAGGGAGACACCAGAAAGGCAAAGCAGCAGGGACUCAAACUCCUCCAAGAUAAGUGUCUUGUCUGAAACCAGCAAGACCGCAAGUCCAACAUCAAGUGGAUGGAAACCUGCAGGUAACAAGUUCAAGAUUGACUUCAAUGGGAGCCCAUUUACAACCAAAGCUGAGGAGGCAUCCAGUCCUAAAUCUGCAUCCACUGAGUCCACCCUAGAUGUGUCCAGAACAUCGAAAGACCAAGAAGAAAGCAGGGCAUCCUCUUCUACUAAGUCUUCAUCUAAACCAAAGCCAGUGGUGAGGCCUAAACCACAACUAGCAAAGGCAUCCAGCGCAGAGAAGAUGGACAUCAGCACCUUGAGAAGACAGCUAAGACCAACAGGCCAGUUGAAGAAUGGCUCUAAGAGUAAAGGUGAGGACUCAGAGACAGCUUCUGUCAUUUCCUCAGAAGACUCCUUUUCCUCUCAGAGUACUUCCGAUCUCUCCUCCAUCUAUUCAAAAGGCAGCCGAGGAGACUCAGACCUGGAGGGCUGCUGCCUGUAUCGUACUACAGAUCCCUAUGAGAAAGUCCAAGAGACUGAGAUCAGCUUCCCAGCUGGAGUUGAGGUAGAAGUAGUGGAAAAACAAGAGAGUGGCUGGUGGUAUAUCCGCUGGGGAGAUGCAGAGGGAUGGGCUCCAACUUACUACCUGGAACCCAUCAGGCAACAGGAUGACAUGGCAGGAACAGAGUCUGAUGGCACCCCUACUAAACCUGGAAGCCUUAGCAAGUCCAACAGCCUUGAGAAGAAUGAACAAAGAGUGCAGGUGUUGAACAACAUCAAUCAAAAUCUAAAGAAGGUUACCCCUCCCAUCCCGUCUAAGCCUCCUGGUGGUCUCUCUAAACCCACCAGCUUGUUUGGUUCACGGAAACAAAAUAGCACCAAACAGCAACAGGUUGUCAGACCUCAAUCCGUCCUCAUAUCAGCCCCCAUCAGGGAUGGUCCAAGCCCUGUUGGAUCUCUCAGGAGAAACGAAUCCCUCAACUCCACAGACCACCCUCGUACCAGCCCCACUGUGAGGCGCAAUGCCUCUUUUGGCACCGCACCACGCAGCCAGGCACCAAACAAUAUAGCACUUCCAAACAGGAACAGAUUUGGUACUGGUAGCUCUGAAUCUCUUGGCCUCAGCUCCCAGAAGAACGCAAUCCCUGUAUCCACAGUUAAACCAAAGCCCCACAUCAUCCACAACAACCUCAGAGAGGUGUAUGUUUCCAUAGCAGAUUACCACGGCGAUGAAGAGACCAUGGGAUUUCCAGAGGGAACGAGUCUGGAGGUCCUGGAGAGAAACCCCAAUGGAUGGUGGUACUGUAAGAUUCUGGACAAUGGCAGACCAAGAAAAGGAUGGGUUCCUUCAAAUUACCUCGAGAGAAAGCACUAGCCCUCAUGUGUUGAGCUGGCAGAACUCUGGCCAUGCGUGUAUAGACUACUCAAACAGAUGCUUUUAUUUUGUGAAAACAAGCUAAUCCUGAGACGUUAAGAGAGGAUGGAAAUCCUGGUACCUUUUCCAAAAUGAGCAGCCAGAUCCAAUUAUGCCUUUAAAAUGAAAUGGGACAUAUGGUAAAUUGAGUCUAUAUAAUACAGUGCUUGAGAAGUUACAUUAGGGGCAAUAUAUGGGGACUUAGUGAAACAGCCUAAAAGAACACCAGAGGGCGGAAGAAUGAUUUCGAUAUUCUUCAGUGUUUACCUUUAACUUGAACUAAGAUGUCAUUUUAUGUCCAUGCCUUGAACCUUUCUAUGUAGGUUUAUAAUGUAACUUUUUGUACCUUUUUAAACAUUUAAAGCUUACUGCAUGUUUGAAAUGAUUCAUUGUAUUGACGAUGCCUUGAGCUGUUGAAAUUAAGCCUUUUCCUCCUCCCUUUUGUAAAGAAAUCUGUUAUUGCCAAAGCUGCUUUGUGUUAGUCUCAUCUUGGUGCUGCCCAUUUGCAUGAUUUUUUUUAACUCUUCAUACUGUAUGUCACCUUUGUGUAAAAUAUUUAAUCAUUUUAAUUCUGUUAUACUGUCCUUACAAAACAAUUUGUGAGCAUCUCUGAUUAUGGUUAUGUAAAAACAAUUCCUAUGAUCUCUGAAACCCACAGCCUUGAAAGUUCUUGUUUUCAUUUUAGUGCCUCAUUUUCCAUUUUAAAAUUUCCUUGACGCCAGUGAAAAUUGUAUUUAUUCAUUACUUUAAAAACACUUUUAAUUACUUAUCUCACUUAAAGCGACACAUUUACCUAUAAAACAGAAAGCUUAAACAUUUCUAAGAACUGCUCUAUUAAUUAUGAUAACACUUUGAAUUUCUGCUGGGCAGUAAAUUUGAUUGAACUUUACAGCAACAGUAUUACUGGGAUGCUCACGUUUGUUUUUUGUUUACUGUGUGAUCAGUGAUGGUAACUGAAGUGCCAAAAGAAUGACUUAAAUAA